UGCCGGUGGUCCAGUCCACAAUGGGGUUGUGUUGGACCAGCCAGGAUCGAACACCCAGCGGCACUGCAGCAAAAAACCCCGGCACUUGUCCACGCUGCCAUCACACGUGUCUGGUUCUGGAAUAGGUGGAUCUCGGCGGGGACUGGCACAACACCAACCACAAGUGCUACUACUAUGAUUCCCUCUACCACAACCACAACUCCCACUACCACAGUCACAACACCAACUUCUAUAAACACAGCUCCUAGUACUAUGACAGUUCCCGCUACUAUAGACACAGCUCCAACUUCUCUAACUACAGCCCACACAACCACAGCUCCUAGUACUAUGACAGUUCCCGCUACUACAAUCACAACUCCUGUUACUUCAACUAUGCCUUCCUCUACCACAGCCACAACACCCACUACUACAAUGAUAACCCCUACUACUACAACCAUAAAUCCCACAACUACAACAAUUACAGUUCCUACUAGUACAUCUACAACUCCUACUACUACAACCACAACUCUCAUUACCACAACCUCAACGCCCACUACUAUAGCCACAGCUCCAACUUCUAUAACCACAUCUCCCACAACUACAACUACUAGUACUAUGACAUUUCCCACUACAAUAAGCACAACUCCUACUAUUACAACUUCAGCUCCCAUUAUAACAACCUCAGCUCCCACUACUGUAGCUACACCUCCAACUUCCAUACCCACCUCUCCCACAACUAAUACUACUACAACAAUAACUCCUUCCUCAACUCCCACUACUAUAGUACAAUAA